AUGAAAUUAUUUUAAAGAUUAAACAAAUUCAAUUUUUCAUCUAUUUCUGAAUCCCCUUUAUAAAGAUAACUAUUAGUCAAUAAAAAUAAAAAUGCAGUAAGAUUUGAAAAUCAAAAUAAAACAUGGACAUAUUAAGAAAUCGAAACUCAUUCAAAUGCUUUUGCAUAUGGUUUAACUGAACUUGGAUGGAAAUAAGGUGAUAAAUUACUUUUAUGGGUUGAAAAAAAUCAUACAAGUGAAAUAGUUUGUGCAUAAUUAGGAGCAGCUAAAACAGGAGUAGUUUUGAUUCCAUUAUAUGCCCAAAAUGAAUAAGAAUUAGAAAGUGCAAUUAAUGAAUCGAAUGCAAAUGGUAUUUUAUUAAGUCCUAAUAGUAAAGGAUAAUAAGAUAAAAAAUAUAUUGAUAUUAUUAAUUCAGUAAUACCUGAAUUAUAAAGAACCAGUAAUGGAGGUGCUUUAAAAAGUAGAUUUUCUUAAUUAAGACAUGUCUUCCAUACAGGAUUUUAUACAUUUUAAGGAACUUUUAAAUAUAGAUAAUUAUUAGUCUACGCAAGCAAAAAUUUCAAUACUUUAUCAUUGCCAAAAGUAGAUCUAAAUGCUACUCUAUUCUUAUCAAAUAAUAAAUCAUAUAAUUUAAAAGAACUUAUUUCGCAAUCUGAAGGAGCAAACAAAGAAUCAAAUUUAAGCGAAAAAAACUGAAGUUUUUAUAACAGGUGAUGCUAGAAAUGUAUAAGCUUUUUCAGUAGGUGUUUUACAUUCCUUGUUAUAUGGAAAUUAUUCCAUAUAUACUGGAGCUUAAGAUCUAAAUAAAGUAGGUGAAGUUUUAAGACUUUAUUAGUAACCUUUACUUUUUGUAGACACUAUUAUAGCCUAAAAAACAUAAAAAUUAGAAAAUUAAGAAAAUUUUUCUAAUAUAUUAAAUAUUAUAAGUAGUGAUGAAUCAGUAAAUAAAUUAUUUAGAAACAAAUAAGUUUAAUAACUUAAACUUUGAAAA